AUGAGCCUUGUCGUAGUAGGGCGAUUUGUUGUCACAGGUCUUGUGGUGGUGGCGGCACGUGCCGCCGCCGCCGCUACAAAGAGCGUGCUUCGUACUUUAUUUCGGACUGAAAUGGCCGAGGAGCAGCAGUUUUGUCUUCGAUGGAAUAACUUUCAAGUAAACAUCACAUCACAAUUUGAAGCACUUAGGGAUGAUGAAGACUUUGUGGAUGUGACAUUGGCGUGUGAAGGAAAGAGACUGAAGGCUCACAAAGUGGUUUUGUCAGCAUGUAGUCCAUAUUUCAAAGAUCUUUUUAAGAGUAACCCAUGCAAACAUCCAAUCCUUUUUAUGCGAGAUGUUGAAUUCCAUCACUUGCAAUCUCUUGUUGAAUUCAUGUAUGCAGGCGAAGUCAAUAUUGCUCAAGCUCAGUUGUCUGCAUUUCUCCGGACUGCUGAGUCAUUGCAAAUCCGAGGCCUUACAGAGGCUCCACAACGACAUAAACAGAUGGAUGGAUUUGGAAGUGGACGGUCAGGUUCAGUGGCAGGUUCCUCGAGAUGGGGUGCAGGUUCCCCUGGUGGAGGAUCAAGAACCCCAUCUCCUGAGGAGGCGGAGCAAGAAGGGGAGGAAGAAAUGUUAAGUCUGAGUCCACCAUGCUCUCCUCCUCCUGCCAAACGAUCUUGUCAGGCAGCUGAAAAACCAAGCAAUAUAGAACGAUCAGAUGAUACGGGCUCUGUUAGUAGUCACCAUCGAUCACAUUUGGAGCAAUUUGAAAAUGUGAAGAAUGAAACUCUUGAUAUUGUAGAGCCAAAGGUCGAGAUUCCUGAUUAUUGUAGUGAUGGUGAGGGAAGAACAGAUAACAAUUCAACAGCAGCAAUGUAUCAAGGAAUGGAUAAUUCAGUUGACAUGACUCCAUCAUUUCAAGGUCUUCAGGGAGGUGGUGGCGGUGGUGGUAUGGACAUACUGCCAGGACCUUCAGCCCAGAACUAUAUGGGUGAUACAUCCCAGGAUUCAGGACAAGCGGACCAACGCAAACUGCACUCACUGGAUCCGAGGCCAUGCCCCAUCUGCUACCGCAUGUACAGUAAUCUAUCGAAUCUACGCCAACAUCUGCGGCUCAUCCACAAUCCACAAACGGUGUCUUGUCCACUGUGCAGCAAACCGUUCAAGACAAAGCUUUAUCUAAAACGACAUCUUAUGAGUUUUCACGAGUUAGUUUGUACAACUCCAAAAGCAGGUGCAGGUGUUGCUGCUGGCAAGGGUGAAUUCUUCACUUCUCCUCAAAUGCCUCUUGGAAAAGUUUCCCAACCUGGCGAUGAUAGAAAUGGUGUACAAAACUCCAUGUCUCCAGCUAAACCUAAAGACACUUCUGCCCAAGAUUUGGUUGCUGAGUUUUUUCAGACUCGUAGUUCUUACCAGCCUUUAAAAGGUAGUAAUGUUGGUGGAAGUGGCUUCCAAAAGAACAAAAUCAUUGGUCAUAAUGAAGAUAGAACCAAUUUGCAUGCUGGCUAUGAUGUUAAUCCAUUUCAUUUACGAAAUCAAGAUAGGUAUCCACCUUCUCAUGCAAAUAAAAACCAAGAUGUAGGAAAUUACUUGCCACCAUCGAAUAGUGAUAAUAGAUACAACGUAUCCAAUCAGCCAGCUCGUAAUGUUAGUGGUGAUAGAUCAGCUCAGUAUCAUUCUCAAAGUAGUGGCAAUAGUCAAGAUGGUACUCCUGCAUUCUUGAACUUGUUGUCACUCACUAAAAAUGAAGACAAUGUUUCUUAUGUAAAUCCUCAACAGUCACAAUCUGAUGAUGCUGAGAAGGGUUCUGAUAAUACAUCUGUAGAACAUGAACCCAAAACUGAUGUUACAUCUUAAAAUUUGAUGUUCAAUGAUGGAUUAAUGUUGCAGCCACCAAAGGCUUCUUUCUAAUGCUUCUUGAUCAAUAAUUCACAGUUGAUGCAGUAAGCAUUCUUGUAACAAUAAUUGAAGUUUUUUAUGGCAAGUCAUAAAAGAACAUUUUCACUGUAAUAAAAAUUAAUUGAUGUGAUAUGUUCUUAUGAAACAAUGUAGUUUUGAUUUGUUUUGUAGUGUAUAUAAUGGUUUCAUUUUUGCCAGUAAUAUGUGUUCUUUGUAUGUGAUGCUAACAGUGCUGUGCUACAGGAGUAUUGUACACCAUUCAUUAUAGAUUCACAUUUUAUGAUGGGAAAAGUGUUGUGAUUGUUAAUUUAAAAUGAGAGUUUUGAUUGCAAUGAUGGUAUUUCUUGUGAGUAUUGUUUACUGGACAUGAUUUACAGAUUGCAAGGAUGUAAUUGUAGUUUUCCAAGAGCAGAAUUUACUUUUUUGGUAUGCAGAAUACAAUAAUGGUUAUGAUUGCCAGGUAUACAGAAUAAGAUGUAUAUAAUAUUUAUUUUUUAUGCCUUUAGCUAAUACUCAAUCCUCAAUACAGUUCAUGCAGGGCAAUAGGCAGGGAAUUCCUACAUUCCUUGUUCAUAUAUCAAUAAAACUAUUUUUGUUUUUACACAGCAUACAGGUAACCUCAUAUCACUGAAGUGUGCCAGUGGAGUUUACAAAAUGACAUGGUCUGAGAACACAUUUGACAUUAAUUUUUAUAACACACAUGCCUUCUGAUGGAAUCCUGCAUUUCCCAACAGAACCAAAGUUGCAAUGAAAAUGCAGGUUUUCAAUUUUCAUUUGGGGGUGAUAUUAAGAAUGACUUUGUCAUUCUGACCCCUCGAGUGCCUUAGUUUUUAAGGUAGUUGUUCCCCAAUACUGUAUAGAGAUUUUAAGUCCAUGGUUUCCUAAUGGACUACAUUGGUGUACAGGCUUAUUAUUGUAUUUUGUUAUUCACUAUAGUUCACAGGUGCUAUUACUACAGUUAAGUGUUUUCAGAAACACAAUGCAACACAAUAAUGUCUACUUACCUACCUCUGGUUUGUACAUGUUUUUAACAUGUAUAUACAGUCCAUCUCAUGAUUUUAACUUCUUUCUCUGGGUGGAACAUACACUACAUCCAUGUUGAAUGUUGGAUGAAACUAGAAUUAGAGGAAUGCAAUUACUGGAUUUAACAUAAGAAACUUGUUUAACCCAUAGUCUGAAGUUGAAAUGAUGAUUACUUUAUAAAUGAAGGCAUAAGUAAUGAAGUCUCACCAUUCAUUUUGUUUACUUCCAUGCUGGCAUUCGUCCAUAGACAGGCUCAACUCAGGUUUAUCCAUAGCAUAAUACAAGCAGACACGCUUAAUGGUACAUACAAGACUUGAAAGUUUCUGUUAUCCAUAGUUAUAUCACGUGUUUUGUACUGCUUUGGGGCAUAUAUAGGUAUAAGAAUCGUAACAAGAUUUUCAGAUUGUUUUAGGCCAUAGCAAGCAUUGAGGGUGAUUGUUAUAUGCAUUGUGCAUUUGUGACUGAUGUUGCUUUCAUGAAGAAACUGAAUUAUACAAGUAUUUGCAAACACACACCUACACAGGUUUUCUUUUUUACCAGUUUUUUCAGUUCUGUAAAGUGUAUAUUAAGCAAAAUAAUAGAAAUUGGUGGGAUGCCAAUAAGAAUUACGGAGCUGUUUUUUAAAAAAAAUCAUAGCUCCUGUGAAAUCUAAUGGGAAAAAAUUGUGAAUAAAAUAAGGUUUCUUGUUCAUAAUUUUUGAUGCAGUGUUUAUAUGAAUUGAAAUAAAUAUUUCAAAUUCAUGUGGUUACUAUAGCACAGCUGAGCAGUAAUAUUUGUUUGUGAUUUAUAUUGAGUGGUUUGCAAAGAGUGACAAUUGAAGACUGACAUUCAAGGCAGCAAAAUGUUCUGUCAAGCGCUAUCCUUGAAACAUGUGUUCCAGUGUUUAUACUGGAUGUGUCAUUUUAAGAGCAUGUGUUACAAAAUGUAAAUUAUGCAUGGUGGUAGUUCCAACUGGGAUUUUCUUUUCUCAGUCAAACAAUGUUGUGUGUUGAUGUUUAUCUUAACAUCUUCUUGUUUUGUCAAUUUAUAGUGUAGGUUAUAACUGUAAGUGAAACAUUAUUGUGCAUUAGACAAAUAGGUUUUCAUUACAAAGUUAUUAAUUUUUCUCUUAAACCUCGAUGAGACAAUCUGAGAAUUAUUUUAUUUUGCUAUUAUUUUGUGCAUUUAAAUAUUAAAAGCACAUAAUGCUGAGAGACGGUUCCAAUUUUAUUUCUUUUAGUACACAAAACUUUUGAAGUUAAGGUGCUAAAAAUGUACAGAUACAAUUUUGAUUUUUGUUCCUUCAUUCCUUUCCAAAUUUUGGGAGAAUUUUUGUUAACCCUUCAACAUGGAGCCUAG